AUGGCGAAGCUCUAUGAGAAAGUAGACCAAGAGCAACUGCAACAGGAUGCCGACGACACGCUAUUGCAUUAUGGGACAUCAUUUCAUCCCAGAAUCAUCACUCACGCUGAGGGCCGAACGAUCACCGAUAGCUCUGGCCAUCGGAUGUUGGAUUGGACUUCUGGUAAGUGACGGAAGCAAGUCAGCAUUUGGACAAACAAAUUGGUUAACACAUUCAGGACAAAUGUCGACACUGAUCGGCCACGGCCACCCCGAAAUCGUCGAAACAGUCCAUAGCCAUGCCAAAAACCUCGAUCAUCUGUUCUCAGGAAUGCUAAGUCCUCCCGUAAUCUCCCUGGCAAAGCGUCUCACAUCUCUUACGCCUCCCGGACUGGACAAAGCGUUCUUCCUCAGCACUGGCGGCGAGAGCAACGAAGCUGCAAUCAGGUUGGCCAAAUUCUACACUGGCAAGUUUGAAAUCGUUGGGCUUGCGUCGAGCUGGCAUGGCGUUACGUCCGGAGCCAUUGCAGCGCAGUAUCAUGCCGGCAGAGCAGGCUACGGACCCAACAUGCCCGGAAACCUAGCCUUGCCGACGCCAAACUCGUACAGGUCGAUCUUCAGGCAUCCCGACGGCUCGUACGAUUGGCGCACUGAGCUUGACUACGGCUUCAGUCUGGUUGAUCGACAGUCCUGCGGAUCACUAGCCGCACUGAUUCUGGAGCCCAUACUCUCUUCCGGCGGCAUGUUGGUCCUUCCACCCGGGUAUCUCAAAGCUGUCAAGGAGCAUUGCGAGCGUCGCGGAAUGCUUCUCAUCAUCGACGAGGCGCAGACUGGUAUUGGCAGAGCUGGAGACAUGUUUGCCUUCCAACAUUUCGCAGAAGAUGAAGAUGUUGUUCCCGACAUUUUGACUUUGAGCAAGACUCGUAAGCCAGCCCGUGCCUACAGCAAACAUAUCUGCUGAUCCAAGUCUCUUAGUCGGUAAUGGGUUACCGCUGAGCGCAGUCGUUACCAGUAAUCGGAUAGCCCAAUUCGCCAAGGAGAACCAGUUCUUGUUCUACACGGUCAGUCCAAGUCUUAUCUACAGGCAGGAUAAAUGCUGAUCUAUUGUAGACGCACAUCAACGACCCGCUGCCCGCAAGCGUCGGUGAUAAAGUCCUAGAAAUCGUCGUCCGCGACGGCCUAGUCGUGAAGGCCAAGAACUUUGGCGAGAAGUUCCAAUCACGCCUCCAAGCGCUUCAGUCACAAUACGAAUGCAUCGGUGAUGUCCGCGGUCGUGGUUUGAUGGCUGGCGUGGAAAUUGUUGCGGAUCGCAACACGAAGACGGGCGAUUCUGAACUCGGCGCUGCGAUUGCUACGAAGAUGACAGACCUGGGGCUCUGGGCCCAGCUGAGCACAAUGCCGUCCUUUGGUGGUGUAUUCCGACUUGCUCCGCCGCUCACCACAACGGACGAAGAGUUGGAGGCGGGCUUGAGAAUCAUUGAAGAGGCUUUUGCAACGACGCCCGGAACGAGGCCGUUGCACGCUGCUUGCGAGCCGUCUGCCGCAUCAUUGACCCAGGUCGAGGCCAGACUGUGA